AUCACAAAUUCCCAAUUCUUCCUUCUCUCUCUCUCUCUCUAGGGUUUACUGGUAAUCCCUCAAAACCCUCACUUUCUCUCACUAUCAAAUUCACAAGCUUCCGAAUUCCUAUGGUUCCACAUCGGGACCCCUAACUCUAUCUCUCCACUGUUUCGAAGAAUUUCUUAUAGCUGGUUCAGAGAUCUCUGUAAUGAGCAACGAUUUCGAAUCGGAUGCGAAGUUGGAAUCCGGUGACGACGUUAAGGAAGCUAAACCUAAGGACGGCGGCGUUGGUAGCCCCGAGGAUGAGGCUAGGGUUUCGCCAAUGGAGCUCGAUUUAGAGACCGAGGGCGGCGGUUCUAUGGGCUCCGAGGGCGGGAGAUCUGAUAGGGUUGGGGUUAGCUCGGAGAGUGGCGAUGGAAAUGUAGAUAAGGGAAUGGAAUCGAAAGGGUUUAAAAUUCAGGGCGGCGACGAUGAUAUUGAUGAUGUGUUUGAUAUUGCGAGAGUUGAAAUUGAUGAUCAGGAUGAGGAUAGCUCUGAGGCUCAGAAUGAGAGUGUGGAUUUGUUAUCCGAGUUUGAUGAGUAUGUGGCUAAUGAGAAGGACGGAAUGGCUUUGGGAACCUCCAGAGCUCUGAGCUAUGGUUUCGAAGUCGGUGAUAUGGUGUGGGGGAAGGUCAAGUCUCAUCCGUGGUGGCCGGGGCAUAUAUUUAACGAGGCCUUUGCGACGUCUCAGGUGCGCCGGACACGAAGGGAAGGUCAUGUCCUGGUGGCUUUCUUUGGUGAUAGUAGUUAUGGCUGGUUCGACCCGGCUGAGCUUAUCCCAUUCGAGCCUCAUUUUGCUGAGAAGUCUCGGACGACGAAUUACAGGAAUUUUAACAGGGCUGUAGAGGAGGCUGUUGAUGAGGUGAGUCGAAGGUGUGGAGUUGGUUUUGUGUGUAAAUGUAGGAAUCCGUAUAAUUUUCGGACCACUAGUGUGCCGGGGUACUUUGUUGUUGAUGUGCCGGAUUAUGAGCAUGGAGCAGUGUACUCUACGGAUCAGAUUAGGAAGGCGAGGGAUGGUUUUAAUCCUGCUGAGAUGGUGGCUCUCGUAAAGCAGUUGGCAAGCUCACCAGUCCAAGGUGAUCAGAAGAGCCUUAGCUUUAUUAAGAAUAAGGCUACUCUAUUUGCGUAUCGGAAGGCUGUGUUUGAAGAGUAUGAUGAGACCUAUGCUCAGGCAUUUGGGGCUCGGUCGUCUUCGCGUAAUGCAGUUGCAGUGUCAGAUCAGCCUGUUAAGCCUCGAGCACCUUUGAGUGGUCCUUUGGUGAUUGCUGAAGCUCUGGGUGGGCGGAAGAGUGCCACAAAACCUAUGAAAGUCAAGGACCAUUCAAAGAAAGACAAAUACCUUUUCAAGCGGAGAGAUGAAACCAGCAAUGUGAAAUCCCACCAAAGUACACAGGGCCAAGCUAGUUCCUCAGCCCCAUCCGCUUACUUGGAGGGAUCAAUAGCAUUAGGAGAUGGAGAUUUUAUGUUACAAAAGAGGGCUCCAUCUCCCUCUAUGAAGCCGCAGAUUUUAAAACAUGAGCAGACUGAGUUUAUGAGCAGGGAUGCAUCCGGCAAAGAAACUGUAAACUUAAAUCAGGUACCAGCAAACAGCUCUCUUGCCAGCCAAGUUGUUAUCACUGGUGCAAAGCAAUCUCUAAAGCUUUCUCUGGACAAGGAAAGUGGAGCCCUGCGGGAGGUGAAAGAGGUAUUGACACAGAAUGUAGCUGUAGGUCCUGCAAGCACCGGCUGCUCUGAUUUAUUGGGUGAAGGGACCAAGCAAUGUAUAAAAGAUGAAACAUCAGAGUCUUUGAAGCAGGAAGGGGAGGGUCCGAUGGAGGUUAAAAAUGAAGAGAGUGCUAAAUUGUCUGGUUCAUAUGACAAUUUACAACCACCUUUGAGUUUUCCAAAGAAAGUGGAGGAAGACAAUGAAUUAAAUGAAGUUCAUGUUGGUCGUCACAGUGUUGGAGAUCCUUCACCAAUUGAGGCAAAGAGUUCAGCUGGAAAGAAGGCUGUUGGUGGAGUGAAAAAGGCAAAGGUUCUUAAACGGCCACUGGGUGACAUGAACCCUGAGAACUCUAUUAUGGGAGAUAAAAAGAAAAAGAAGAAGAAGAAACAGUUGGGUUCAGAAACAAGCUUCAGAGAUCCACAGAGGACUUUGACUUCUGGAAAAGUGAGUUCCUUGGUGGGUAAGGUAGCUGGAAAGCCCAACCAUGCAGGAUUGGCUCCAGAAGAAGAGUUUCAGGUAGAACAUCAUAAGAAAGAUGUUGCUGUCAAUAAUGAAUUGUCUGGAUCUGUUGGAACAUUGCCGAUUCUUAAAGAGCUUGAAUUACCACAACUAGUAAGCGAUUUGCAAGCCCUUGCACUUGAUCCUUUUCAUGGUCGUGAAACAAACAACCCUGCAAUUGUUCGGCAGUUCUUUCUGCAAUUCCGGGCCCUUGUCUAUCAGAAAAGCUUGGUUCUAUCACCGCCAUCAGAAACAGAGCUUGUUGAAGGUCGCAGCUCUAAAACUCCAUCUGGUCUCAAAGCCUCAGAAAUUUCUCCUCGGGAACCAGUUAGAGAUGUUCCCUCCUCGAAGGCAGGAAAACCCUUGUUCAGAUCCGAUGACCGCACCAUAGCUGGGCGGAAACGUGCUCCAUCUGAUCGUCAAGGAGAGAUUGCAGCUAAGAAGUCCAAGAAAAUGAGUGAUUUAAAAUCAUUGGCUGCAGAAAGGAAGAUUGGUCUAAAAAGUUCAGAGACCCAGCGUGGAGAGGUAAAAGAAACAGCUGUGCCCAUAUCGCGGAAGUCACCGAAGCCAGGUCUUGUGAAGAAAAUGGAACCUCCAUCUAAGGUUGUUGAGCCCACCAUGCUCGUGAUGAAAUUCCCUCCCAAAAUCUCUCUGCCUUCACCUGCAGAACUGAAGGCAAAAUUUGCUCGUUUUGGACCAAUGGAUCAGUCUGGUCUCCGUGUGUUCUACAAGUCCUCGACAUGCAGAGUUGUAUUUCUGUACAAAUCUGAUGCACAAGCAGCAUAUAAGGUUGCUACUUCAAACAACUCCUUUUUUGGCAACGUUAGUGUGAGGUUCCAGCUUCGAGAGGUGGACGGUCCUGAAGUUCCUGCAUCUGGGAAGGGCAAUGGAGAUGACAAUUCUACUGAGACCCCGCGGGCUAAGGAUUCUGCAUUCAUGCCAUCUCCGGCACUCAAACAGCGGCAGCAGCUGCAGUCUCUCUCACACAGUGCAAUCCAGCCGAAGUCGAUUCUGAAGAAGUCAUCGGGUGAUGAGCCACGAGGACAGGUAACUGGUGGCAAUGGAAAUAGUAAAGGAACUGCACGUGUAAAAUUCAUGUUGGGUGGGGAAGAACCUAGUAGAAAUGAGCAAUUGAUGAUGCCUGGUAAUAGAAAUAACAACUUCAACAACAACAGUGCUAGUUUUGCAGAUGAUGGUGCACCUUCUUCUUCUACUUCUGUUGCUAUGAUGAAUUAUAAUGCUAGAAACUUUCAAAAGGUUACUCCUCCACCCUCAUCAUUGCCUCCUAUACUUCCUCUUCCUCAUAGUCGGCCUCCACCUUCUCAAUAUGCAAAACCCCCACCACCACAUAGUAAUUUUUCACAGCAGCAUACGGAAAUGACGCCACCUCCACCACCAAGCAGAAGCAGUCACAAUAUUCUCAACACACCCUCCACAUUUCCGAGUGCACCCACAGUUGAUAUUUCCCAGCAGAUGCUAAGCCUGUUGACAAGGUGCAAUGAUGUUGUGACCAACGUACAGGGCUUGCUUGGAUAUGUGCCCUACCAUCCUCUUUGAUGAGUCCCUGAAUAUAUAUGCCCAUAAAGCAAGACCAGAAAAUUACAUGUCGCGUCAACAUCCAUUGAAAGAAAGCUUUAAGUUGGCUUGAAAGCUUUCCCUUACCGGCUAUAAAUUUGCAGUGAAGCUGUCGAAGAGUUUGCCAAUCUAAGCAAAUUGUAGUCUCAGCGGACCAUGUAGUUUCUUUUACUAAUGAAAUACUCACAUAUGUACUCAUGAUAUUGAUAGUGGCAUCUUGUUUAUCUGCUCUC